CAUCCAUCCCUCUCUCUUCUUUUCUCCAUCCACGGAUGGGAUGGGUUCAGGUAGGGCUAGGAGAUCCUGGAGUACAGCAGCAAUGAAAUCAUCUUCUCCUUGAGACGUCUGUCCAUCUGCUCUCACGCAAAUGCAGUUUCCCAGCAUCGGCUCUUCGUCUCAUCGCAGGAACACAGAGAUCCUCCAGAGGGUGAAAGAGAGACUGUUUCUUUGUGAGGAGGCUGCUCAAUCUGUCUUGGCCGGGAGACUCUUUACUUUAUAAAAGGAAAUCUCAAUUGAGCUUUGCGCCAUGGCACACGCCGCGUCCCAGCUAAAGAAAAAAGCGGAUUUAGACCUUACAAUCGCCGAGGAGGAGAAAGAACAAGAAAGGAAGAGAAAGAGCAGAAAAAGGUCCCAGGCUCCAAAGAAAAAGACUGACACCAAUGCCAGUUACCUCAGAGCGGCCCGGGCUGGAAAUCUAGAAAAAGCCCUCGAUUACAUAAAGUCUGGUGUGGACAUCAAUAUCUGCAACCAGAAUGGGUUAAAUGCUUUACAUUUAGCAUCUAAAGAAGGUCAUGUGGAGGUGGUGGCUGAACUGAUUAAACUUGGUGCAACUGUGGACGCCUCAACAAAGAAAGGAAAUACUGCUCUACACAUAGCAUCACUCGCUGGACAAACAGACGUGGUCAAAGAACUGGUGAACAAUGGAGCAAAUAUCAAUGCCCAGUCUCAGAAUGGCUUCACGCCCCUCUACAUGGCUGCUCAGGAGAACCAUCUGGACGUUGUCAAAUUCCUCCUGGACAGCGGAUCCAGCCAGAGCAUCGCCACAGAGGAUGGUUUUACUCCUCUGGCCGUAGCUCUUCAGCAGGGUCAUGAUCAGGUUGUGUCUCUGCUCCUGGAGAAUGACACUAAGGGUAAGGUACGGUUACCUGCCCUCCACAUCGCCGCGCGCAAGGACGACACCAAAGCGGCUGCGCUACUCCUGCAGAACGAUCACAAUGCAGACAUCGAAUCCAAGAUGAUGGUGAAUAGAACAACAGAGAGUGGUUUUACUCCUCUACACAUAGCAGCUCACUAUGGAAACAUCAAUGUAGCGACGCUGCUCCUAAACCGUGGGGCGGCUGUAGAUUUCAAAGCACGGAAUGACAUCACACCUCUUCAUGUGGCAUCGAAACGAGGAAACGCCAACAUGGUCAGACUCCUGCUGGAGAGAGGAUCUCGAAUCGAUGCCAGAACCAAGGAUGGCCUGACACCUUUACACUGUGGAGCGAGGAGCGGUCAUGAACAAGUAGUUGAGAUGUUGCUCGAUCGUGGAGCGCCUAUCCUCUCCAAGACAAAGAACGGUCUCUCACCGCUACACAUGGCAACACAAGGAGAUCACUUAAACUGUGUUCAGCUCUUGCUCCAUCAUGACGUGCCCGUGGAUGAUGUCACCAACGAUUAUCUGACCGCGCUGCAUGUUGCUGCCCACUGUGGACACUACAAAGUUGCCAAGGUCCUUGUGGACAAGAAGGCCAAUCCCAACGCCAAAGCACUGAAUGGUUUCACUCCGCUUCACAUCGCUUGCAAGAAGAACAGAAUCAAAGUGAUGGAGCUUCUGUUGAAACAUGGAGCGUCUAUACAGGCUGUAACUGAGUCUGGACUUACGCCCAUUCAUGUGGCUGCUUUUAUGGGCCAUGAAAACAUUGUGACUCAGUUGACGAAUCACGGAGCGUCUUCAAACACCAUGAAUGUGAGGGGAGAGACGGCGCUCCACAUGGCUGCCAGGGCAGGACAGACAAACGUGGUGAAAUUCCUGGUGGCAAAUGGAGCAGAUGUGGACGCAAAGGCCAAGGACGAUCAAACACCGCUUCAUAUCUCCAGUCGUCUGGGUAAACCAGAUAUAGUCCAGCAGUUGCUGCAACACGGAGCGUCUCCGGACGCCACCACCUCAUCCGGAUACACGCCACUCCAUCUGGCUGCACGUGAUGGCCAUAAAGACGUUGCAUCUAUCCUGCUGGACAGCGGAGCAUCUCUUAGCAUCACCACCAAGAAGGGAUUUACACCACUACAUGUCGCAGCCAAAUAUGGAAAGAUUGAAGUGGCCAACCUUCUGCUGCAGAAAAGAGCACCACCUGAUGCCGCUGGAAAGAGUGGACUAACACCACUGCAUGUUGCUGCACACUAUGAUAAUCAGAAAGUGGCUCUUCUGCUUCUGGACCAGGGAGCGUCUCCACACGCAGCUGCAAAGAACGGUUACACUCCGCUCCACAUAGCUGCCAAGAAGAACCAGAUGGAAAUAGCGACCACACUGCUGGAGUAUGGAGCAGAUACCAAUGCAACAACACGUCAGGGCAUCAGUCCUCUGCACCUGGCAGCUCAGGAGGGCAACGUUGAUAUGGUCACCCUCCUGCUCGCUCGGGAAGCAGAUGUCAAUUUAGGAAACAAGAGUGGACUGACGCCACUGCAUUUAGCUGCCCAAGAGGACAAAGUCAAUGUGUCAGAGGUGCUGGUUAAUCACGGUGCCACAGUCGACCCAGAAACCAAGAUGGGAUACACCCCACUACACGUGGCCUGUCACUAUGGUAACGUGAAGAUGGUACACUUCCUAUUGAAGAACCAGGCCAAAGUUAAUGCCAAAACAAAGAAUGGAUACACACCUCUUCACCAGGCUGCCCAGCAGGGUCACACACACAUUAUUAAUCUACUGCUUAAGCAUGGAGCUUCACCUAAUGAGCUGACGGUGAAUGGAAAUACAGCAUUAUCCAUCGCCCAACGUCUGGGUUACAUCUCUGUUGUUGACACUCUCAAAAUCGUGACAGAGGAGAUUCAAACUACUGUGACGGUGACAGAGAAACAUAAAAUGAAUGUUCCAGAAACAAUGAAUGAGGUUCUGGAUAUGUCCGAUGAUGAAGUUCGUAGAGCCAAUGUGCCUGAAAUGCUCAAUGAGGACUAUAUUUCAGAUGUUGAAGAAGGUGAGGAUGCUAUGACAGUAGAGACAGAAAGGUACCUGGGGCCGCAGGACCUGCGGGAGCUGGGAGAUGAUUCGCUGCCUCAAGAGGGAUACAUGGGCUUUAGCGUCGGAGGCCGUACGGCGAGCCUGCGCUCCUUUAGUUCGGAUAGGUCCAACACCCUCAACCGAAGCUCCUUCAACCGAGACAGCAUGAUGAUCGACGAGAUCCUGGCACCCACAAAGGACACGCAUCUGGCUUUAGGCAAAGAGUACAACACUGACUCACUGAGACGCUACAGCUGGACUCCAGACUCAUUGGACAACGUCAACAUGGUGUCCAGCCCCGUUCAUUCAGGGUUUUUGGUGAGCUUCAUGGUGGACGCCCGGGGCGGUUCCAUGCGAGGAAGUCGGCACAACGGCAUGCGGAUCAUCAUCCCGCCACGCAAGUGUACGGCACCCACGCGCAUCACGUGUCGUUUAGUCAAGCGACACAAGUUGGCGUCACUGCCGCCCAUGGUGGAGGGAGAGGGUCUGGCGAGCAGACUGGUGGAAGUGGGCCCAGCCGGGGCUCAGUUUCUGGGCCCUGUGAUUGUUGAGAUCCCUCAUUUCGGAUCCAUGAGGGGGGAUGAGCGCGAGCUCAUCAUGCUGAGGAGUGAGAAUGGAGAGACCUGGAAGGAGCAUCAUUAUGAUUGCAAGACUCAAGACCUCCAUGAGCUCCUCAAUGGCAUGGAUGAAGAGCUGGACAGUUCAGCAGAUCUGGAGAAGAAGCGUAUCUGCAGGAUUAUUACCAAAGAUUUUCCACAAUACUUUGCGGUGGUGUCACGGAUCAAACAGGAGACCAAUCAGAUGGGUCCAGAGGGAGGGCUUCUGUCCAGUAAGACUGUAAAUCUGGUCCAGGCCUCUUUCCCCGAGGGUGCGCUUACCAAAAAGAUCAGAGUUGGAUUGCAGGCUCAGCCUGUGCCAACUGAAGCUGUGAAGAAUAUUAUAGGGAAUCGUGCAACCUUCAGCCCCAUCGUGACGGUUGAGCCUCGCAGGAGAAAGUUUCACAAGCCCAUCACCAUGACCAUCCCUGUACCUCCUCUAUCUGGAGAGGGUGUGCUCAAUGGAUACAAAGGAGAUACAACACCUAGUCUUCGUCUCCUCUGCAGUAUAACCGGUGGCACAUCACCGGCUCAAUGGGAGGACAUCACUGGUACAACACCACUCACAUUCAUGAAUGACUGCGUGUCCUUCACCACAAACGUUUCCGCCAGGUUUUGGCUGGCAGACUGCCAUCAGAUACCAGAGACUGUGGGUUUGGCCACUCAGCUCUACAGAGAGCUCAUCUGCGUGCCCUACAUGGCCAAGUUUGUGGUGUUUGCCAAAAUGAACGACCCGGUGGAGUCCAGCCUGCGUUGCUUCUGUAUGACGGAUGAUAAAGUGGACAAAACUCUGGAGCAGCAGGAGAACUUUGAGGAGGUGGCCAGAAGCAAAGACAUUGAGGUACUAGAAGGAAAACCCAUUCAUGUGGACUGCUACGGCAAUUUGGUACCACUGACCAAAUCUGGACAGCAGCUGGUUUUUAACUUCUACGCAUUCAAGGAAAACAGACUGCCAUUCUGUGUGAAGGUUCGGGACAGCAGCCAGGAGCCGUGUGGUCGCCUGUCCUUCCUGAGAGAGGUCAAAACUUCUAAGGGUCUCGUUCAGACCCCUAUCUGUAAUUUGAACAUCACACUGCCAGGACUCAAAAAGGAUGCGGAUUCGGAUCCAGAAGAAGAGAAUGAAAAACCAGAGCGACGUCAUACCUUUGCAUCUCUAGCCUUACGUAAGCGCUACAGCUAUCUGACCGAGCCUGGAACGAAAACAGUUGAACGAAGCACAACAAGAACACUGCCUGCUGGUUACACUCACAAACCUGUCUUUUCAACAAGAUCUUACCAGGCAUGGUCGUCUGCUCCUAUUACCGUCCCUGGGCAAACAAAAUGUGGACUGGGUUCCCUCUCCAGUUCACCUACCGUCACGCCAUCUGCUUCGCCAUUAAAAUCUGUGUGGUCCAUUACGUCUACUUCUCCAAUCAAGUCUACUUUGGGACCUUCAAAUGCUUCCCCUACAAAGUCAGUUAGCGAUAUAGCAUCACCCAUUAGAACAUACAGGUCUAUGUCAUCUUCCAUCAAGACUGUGGUUCCGCAAUCCCAGAACCAAGUUCCAAUUUCGUCCGGUGUCCUGUCUUCUCCGGGUAAAACUGGAACAGAUCCUGUGUCCAUUAAGGGGCUUGCUGCGUCACUUUCCUCAAGAGCUUACUUAAAUUCAUCAUCUGCAUCAUUGCUAGAGAGAACUUAUACUACAGUUACCCAGUCAGAUUCUGUAAAGUCAUCCCCAAAUACAUACGCAUCUUUAUCAUUUAAAUCAGCCCAGACCCCCACAAGUACAGCAGUGUGCUCAACCGCUCGUAAUCUAUCGAGCUUUAUGUCUAUUAAACCUACCACAGACACACCCAGGGAAACGAUUCUGUCAUCUCUUUCGUCAGAAACCGCCCUGUUGAACGGAUCCAUUUCACCAGUAAAAUAUUCCUCAUCCUCCACUGCAUCUUCCCGUCUGUUUUCAGGAGGGACUAAUAGUUUGCAGGAGCGAAUACAAGCCACAACACAAGCAGCUACAGCCAGUGUCGGUGCAGCAUUCACUGAGGCUGAGAAAACACUUGCUGGUUCUAUAUCAAACUAUAGCACUCUCAGAUCUUCACCUUUUAGAUCCAAUUUGUCAAGUUCUGUUUAUGAAUCUCUUAGAUCACCAGCCACCACCACCACAUCAAUAUCAUCCACUUCCAUGACCGUGCCAGUAUUUUCUCUGGUCAGCGUACUCCCUGAAGCCCAGAACAAGAAGGUAGCAGACAAUAUAGCAAUCACACCUCAGACACACACUCAAGCACAGUCCUCUACAUCUAGACAGAAACCCUCAAAGCCAUCACUGUUCAUUUCCCCCGCAGCCCUAAGAGAAGCUACGGCACCCACACUGACAUCCAAUCAAGAGAUUCUUAAAGACGUAGCAGAAAUGAAGGAAGAUUUGAUAAGAAUGACUGCAAUCUUACAAACUGACCCCACUUCAACUGCAGCUAAAAGCUUCCAGUCACGUGUUUCUAAAGAGCCUAAGAUUGAGGAUGAGGAAACUUUCAGUUUGGUGGAGAAAGUUAAAGAGGACCUUGUCAAAGUAAGUGAAAUUCUCACAAAGGACGUCCUGAAUGAGACCAAAAGCUCAAGUAAAGACAGAGCCUCGGAGGAUGAAUGGGAAGAGUUCUCCAAAGAUGAAAUUGAGGAGGCACGGCAAAGUGCCAUUCGAACUCUGACAACAUUUGAAUCAGCCCUUCCUAAUGGACAACAGUCAGUGACACAAAAUGAUCUUGAUUUUGCUAAAGUGGUCGAUUAUUUAGUGAAUGAUCUAGGUGCUAGUUCCAUCUCCAAAAUAGCUGAUGUAAAAAGUAGAUACGAUGAAAUUAAAAAGGAAGGAGAGGAAAAACAAAAGCGCGCCAUAAAACCAGAGCACAAGCUCAAAAUGCCCCCCACAGGUAUGCGAACAUCUCCCUCGGAGAAAGACCUGAGUAAAUUAGCUGACACCUAUAGUGGUACCGAUGCUAUCCUGGAAUCCCCUGAUGACUUUUCCCAUGAACAAGACAAGAGUCCACUCUCAGAUAGUGGCUUCGAAACCAGAAGCGAAAAGACCCCAUCAGCACCUCAAAGUGCAGAGAGCACCGGACCAAAACCCCCCUUCACAGAUGUGCCUAUUCCCCCUGUUGUAACAGAAACCAGAACCGAAGUUGUUCACGUAAUCAGAAGCUAUGAACAUCCUGAAGAGCCCUGUGAACCACUAAUGGACGAGGGAGCAGCUUUAAAGCCUCCUGCAUGUCCUGAACCUGAGGCGACAGUUAGCUCAAUGAAAGAUAAAGUUAAGGCCUUGCAAAUUAAAAAGGUCAACUCUGAAGAGCUAGCAUGUGUCAAAGAAGAAACCCAUAUUACCACGACAACUCGAAUGGUCUACCACAAACCUGGCUUGGAAAGGAGUGAAGAACCAACAAUGUCCGUCCGAGACCUAAUGAAAGCUUUUCAGUCCGGAAGAGACCCUUCCAAAGAACUAGCUGGUUUAUUUGAGCACAAAGCUGGCCAAGACUCCAUUAAAGGAGAUGAAUUGUCCCCGCGCUUUCUAGAAAAAGACAAAAAACCCAAAGUUGAACGAAUAAUUGAGGUACACAUAGAAAAGGGCAGCACAUCUGACCCAACUGAAGUCAUAAUCAGAGAGACUAAAAAGCAUCCAGAGUUUAUAUGUAGAAGUGACCGAGGUCUUAAGGAGAUUGUUGAUAAGGUUGAGGGUGAUUAUGAGGCUCUUCAGGAUGAGGAUGAGCUUAUUGCUGAAGAAUCACUGCCUUCAUUUUUAGACACAUCCAGAGUGAAUACCCCUGUCUCUCAAGAUGAAGAGAGUCGUCCCAGUUCUGCACAGCUCAUUGCUGAUGAAUCAUACAAAGCUUUAAAGCUUCUGAGCCAGCAUUCUAUUGAGUAUCAUGACGAUGAGCUCUCAGAGCUCAGAGGCGAGUCAUACAGGUUUGCAGAGAAAAUGUUGCUCUCAGAAAAAUUUGACAUAUCACAUUCUGACACAGAGGACUCAGCUGCAGACCAGGCACAUAGCAUAACCACUGAGGUGCAAGGGACAGAAGGUUUUUAUGGAGAAAGAGUAGCUGGCCCCAGAAAGGAGACCAAGUACAGGUCAGCAAGGGAUUCGUCAGACAAAUUAGGUAAAUUUCCCCCACAAGAUGAGCAGUAUGACAAAGUUACAGUAUUACAUUACACCACAGAACCCGGUAGCCCCAAGCAUGCUGUCUGGAUGCGUUUUACUCAAGAUAGACAGGACAGGAAUAGAGAGAAACUCAUUUAUGAAGACAGAGUAGAUCGAACUAUUAAAGAGGCAGAGGAGAAACUAAGCGAAGUCUCACAGUUUUUCAGAGACAAGACAGAAAAACUUAAUGAUGAGCUGCAGUCCCCUGAGAAAAAGAAACCACCCAAACUUUCACAGGAGACGAGGUCAGGGCCUAGCUCUGUGUGUAGCAGCCCUGAGAAAAAACAAAAGAGUCCAGAAUGGGACAAAGGCAGGCAAAAGCUCUUUGGCAGUACAAACGAAAGGAAAAGCUCAAGUCUGCCAAACAGUCCCGAGAGACAAAUGUUGUCACGCUUCAGUGAGGACAAAUCAAAACAGGACGAUGCUCCUCAGCAGUCAAAGACAGGUAUUUCAGGCCCUCCUGUCCCAGUAAAGACUUCUAAAGUAAGCUCAUUUCGACAAAAAUUUGAAACAGAAGCACAGAAACAGGAUGAAAAUGUGCCUACAGCAAAUUUGAAACAACAGGGCAAAAAAUUACCAGAAAGUAAAUUACCUAUAUAUCAGUUUUCUGCUGGUUCAAAAGCUUCAAAGGCUGAAUUUGCCAAUGAAGAACAGAUGCCUUAUAGAAAAUCAGUAGAAACCGAGAGUAGCAAAGCUCAAGAAUGGUUGUCUCAAAAGCAGCCAGGUGAAAAAUCAUCUGAAAUCUUCACCAAAUCAGAUACCAUUACGACCAGACCCUCUGUAAUGGAACAUAAGAGCGAGAAAAAGGUUGCGAGAACCCAAGAGAGCCCUACUAAAGUUCAGUCUCAUGGCCUAAAAGAUGGAUCUAUAAUCAAUAAUGUAACAGAUCAUGACAAAGAGCAGCAAGGUUUUAAAAGUGAUGCUAAAAAUGAGAUCAGUAAAAUAGGUGUUUCCUUACCUAAAGAUAAUAUCAGUAGGAACGACUCUGAAAUAAAGACCUUUAAGAAAAAGAUUGAAUCUCAUAUUCCAGUUAGAACAUUAUCUGGUUUAAAUAAAGUGAAUCAAGACACAUUACCUAAACAAUCUGAAAAGAGCCAAUCACACAUACCUACCUUGACCAAACCGAGGAUUCAGGGCCGUGUAGAGUUACAGAGAGAGGAAGCUGUGACAAAGAAGUCUCAAGAGAUCUCUGCAGAAGGUAUAUCAACAAGCGGUUUACAUGACACUAGCUCAGUGGAAAAAAUAUCAACGGUUACAACAAGAGAAAGUUUCAAAGGGUUGAAAACUUUACCAGUCUAUGUAAGCAUGCAAGUUGGAAGACAGUCUGAGAAAGAUACAGCUGGAGCAAUUAAUAGUACGGUCAAAAAGAUGGUUAGCUCAGAAGCUAGAACGAUUUACGCAGUUAAACAGAAACAGCCCACAUCUCCUCAAGGCAGUCCUGAUGAUGACACUUUAGAGCAGUUCUCUUUUAUUGAUAGCUCUGGCAAAAGUCCAAUGACUCCAGAUACCCCAAGCUCUGAAGAGGUCAGCUAUGAUCUCACCUCAAGAACCCCUGACUCUUUUAUUGCAUUUGUGCCAGGUAUUGCUAGCCCAAUAGCAGAGGUUUCAGAGGAGUCAGAUAAUAGUGAGCAAGGCAAACAUUUUUCUUUGAGAGAACCAGAGAAAACAGCCAAUGGAAAACAUGAAACUGGCAAUGUGACAAAAGACAAACGAGUCGCGUAUAUUGAGUUUCCUCCUCCACCUCCAUUGGAUUCUGAUUCGUCACAGACUGAGAAAAAGGGGUCGACUCCGUCCUCAGAGGCUGAGACUGAGAUGAUAGAAGUAAAUCUCCAGGAGCGGCAUGAUAAACGUCGACUUGCUGAACCCAUUAUAAGAAUCCAGCCACCAUCUCCUGUGCCCCCAGGAGCUAAUGACAGCGAUUCAGAUGAGGAAGAAUCAAUCUUUAAACCAGUUCCAGUAGUAAAGAAAUUUACCUUUAAGGUUGAUGAGGAAAAAAUUGAAAAGGAAAGCAAAUUAAAAGAACAUGACAAAAAUGGAAACCAUAAAGAACCAGAGGGAAAUGAUAAUGGAAAAGCAAAUGAUAAUGAUUAUGAACCAAAUGGUAAUGAUCAGUCCAUCACAGAUUGCUCUAUAGCGACAACUGCAGAGUUCUCGCAUGACACAGACGCUACAGAGAUCGACUCUCUGGAUGGAUAUGAACUUCAAGAUGAGGAUGACGGUCUAACUGAACAUGUUAAUAAAUCAUUUGGUUUUCCCAAUGACAACAGAAUAGAUAUUUGGUCGUCAGAUAAUAUGACUAGGCCAAGUGACCGCUGCCAAAGCAAACUUGAAGUCAUUGAAGAAGAAUCACCAGCUGAGGAGUGCAGAAAGACCAAAGAGAACAUUGAUCCCUCAAACAAAAGAAAUGGAAAAGACAGUGACAAACAGUCUGAUCAGGGUUUGUCGGAUACGUACUUCAGCUACAAGCUAGAUGAGGAGUUUAAUACUCCAUUCAAAACUGUUGCAACAAAGGGCUUUGAUCCUUGGUCAACCAAAGGAGGGGAAGAUGAAGUUGUGGAUGCUAGAAUUAAAGACGAUGAGCCUAAGCCCUUUGGGUUAGUGGUAGAUGACAAGUCUACAGCGACAACCCCUGACACGACUCCUGCGAGAACCCCGACUGACGAAAGCACACCAACUAGCGAGCCCAACCCUUUCCCGUUCCACGAAGGGAAGAUGUUUGAGAUGACCCGCAGUGGUGCGAUUGACAUGAGCAAACGGGAUUUUGUUGAAGAGAGGCUUCAGUUUUUUCAGAUUGGCCCUCAGAGUCCCUGUGAAAGGACAGAUCUGCGUAUGGCAAUUGUGGCAGAUCAUCUUGGCUUGAGUUGGACCGAACUGGCCAGGGAAAUGGAAUUUUCGGUGGAUGAGAUCAAUCAGAUCCGUGUGGAAAACCCCAAUUCAUUGACAGCUCAGAGUUUCAUGCUGUUAAAGAAAUGGGUUAGCCGAGAUGGUAAAAACGCUACGACGGAUGCCUUAUCUGCAGUCCUGACUAAGAUCAAUCGGUUGGAUAUUGUGACAUUGCUGGAAGGGCCGAUAUUUGACUAUGGUAACAUAUCAGGCACAAGAUGUUUUGCAGAUGAUAGCGCAGUUUCCCAGGAGCAGGCUGAUGGUUACCAGAACAUUGAGCUGGAGCUCAAGAGUCCCUCAGUCCUGUCUUACGAGCCCCCUACCCCUCUACGUCAGGAUGAUUACUUUAGUGAGGAUGGUAGGCUAAACUUCCCCACUAGUGCCCCUGUUAGACCCAGUGAACUUAACCUGCAAACCACUAGCGGCCCGGUGUCUGCAGAUGCCAAGCCUCCUACUGUCAUCCAGGAGGACACCUCAAUUGGAGGUCGAGAGUCCUUGGGCCAAGAGGACGACAACCUCGGUGUCAGCCGAGAACCUGUGGUGUCUUAUUCUCACAGCGAGGUAAUGUCAAAAGAACUGGACGUCUUUCCAAGCAGCCCAGUGAGAGAGCAGAAGGAAGCCCAACCCGAGGCCACUAUUUGUUCCUCAGCAAGCGGAGCUCCUGUAGAGGCCAGCAAGUGGGGUUUUGACGAGGAAGAUGUGAUCCAAGAAAAGAUCAAGUCUCUCUUGGAAAACAUUAAAUUGGAGGAAGGCUCAGAGGAUGUGGAGAUGACUGAGGAGAGGCUUCAGGAGAUCCUAUCACAAGUGCAGCAGGCAGAAAACGAUUUGUCUUCAAUUUCAGGUUUGCAGGGUGAGACGUCUGGGGCAAAGGCGACAGUAACAACUUCGUCCAGAGGACCGGGUACUGAUACGCAAGGGCAAAGAGAGUCCAGCCAACAGCCGCUGUCCACAACUGCUGGAGUGCAAGGUGAGAAGCAAAACGGAGAACAUCCAGAACACCAAGAGCUUCUGUCGAAGGGCAAAGCAGAGAAAGACUCUGGAUGGGAGGAGGUGAGCAGUGAGGUUCUGGAGGACAGAGGAACAGGAUCAAACAAUGAGAAGGAUGGCGUACCUUUUUCUGAAGCCCAGCAGGGAGCUUGUAGGGAUAAUGAAUCCAACUCUGAUGAAGAAGAGACCAUCACCACCAGAGUUUAUCGACGGAGAGUGAUCCUCAAGGGUGAUCAGGCCAGAAACAUUCCUGGCGAGACUGUGACAGAGGAGCAGUACAUAGAUGAUGAUGGAAACAUGGUCACCAGAAAAGUCAUUCGAAAAGUGGUGCGUCGUACAGCUGCUGUGGAGGAGCAAGGGAAGAGAAAGCGUGAGAAGCGCUCCCGACAGGCCGGUAGGGCCGGGGGGGAGGACGAGCAGGGCCCCGGGCCCCAAAGAGUGCACACUGAGGCUGGUGAAAGAGCGAAUGGUAAAAAGAAAGAAGAGAGACAAAGAGAGAAAAAGUGUCAAUCGUAACAGUUGUGUGCACUUUCGGAUUUAAAGUUGUUUUAAAAUCAUUUUCCUGGGAGGAAGAUCACUGGAAACUCGCAGGAGUUCGGAGGAGGAAGAUCUACACCUUCACAAAAACAAAUGGAUUUUAGCCAGAGGACAUUUGAUUUCGCAUGAGCAUGAUAAACUUGUUUCUGUCAAUAACACAGAGAGCGGCUAACAGUCACUGAGUGUCGAGAGGACAUUGAUGGUGCGAGUGUCAGAAAUAACUGCAACACUCCUAACACUUCAGUGACCAAAGAGGCCACAAAACCCUUUGAUGAUUGACAGAAAUGGAUGGGCACGUUUGAAUCACUUCUACACUCGCCUUAUUUUUUAUUAUUUUUUUUGGACUCAUAAUGUCUGGGUGUAUAAUGCUGUUUAAUGGAGCUUAUGAUGUACAUAAAUGACACUGUAUAAAUUCUAAUGUGGCUCACGAUAUUGAUAAUGCACUGGUAAGCGUGUAGGAAUGAACUACCAAUUCUGAUUCCGGUUUUAAGGGAACGCUCGAGUGUUGUAUAAUUAUUAGCAGGCGAAAGGUUUGUAAAUGAAACAAUAACAAGAAUAGACGUUUCUUUUAAACCUGCAGUUCUCAGCGGUACUGAACCUGGAGCAGCUGUGGUCUUCUUCAGAUUACUAAUAUUUUCAUGCAUGUAAUACACUUUAUUUUCAUUCUUUUUUUAAACUGCAUAACACACACAAGAAAAAGAGAGAAUGUUCUGGAUGUGUCAAUUCACAGCCUUGUCAUUGCUCACUAUAGUUUUUUAGUAUGAUGAUAAUAUCACUCAUUGAUUGUGAGCUUCCUCUGCACUUAAAGAUUCAUCAGAUUGUUGUGUCACGUCAGCUGACGCGAUGCAGAUUUUUAACUGUUCUCAUGUGUUUUGGCUGUAAGAUGUCUUUCUGUCAGCCUGUCAUUUGUAAUCAUGUUCGCAGAGUAUUAUUACUUUUCAAGGCUGCUGUGGUUUUGGGGAAACUUUUUUUGAUUUUGGUGCAUUGUUGACUGCAAAUCACUCUCCAGCAUUCAUGGAUGACAGAUCUGGUUACAAAACAUAUGUAUGGAAAUAAACAUACACUGGAUGAUCAAAUUAAUAAUUAAAGCUUAUAAUAAAUUGUGUUCAAACCCUU